CUACAACAGCAACUUCUAGAAACGUUUACUCGCGUCAACACACGGCCUAAAAGCAACAGCUUCAUCGCAUCUUAAUCCGGCUCCAGCCCCGUCCCCACAACCUCCCAAACCCAACAAGAGAUCCAAAGCACUCAUCAUGGCGAGCUUGGUCGCCAUUCUCGACGUCAAGGGCAAGUCCCUCAUCCAGCGGUCGUACCGCGACGAUGUGUCCCCCAGCUAUGUGGACAAGUUCCUCCCCCUCAUCCUCGACAUGGAGGAGGAAGGCGUCACCGUCCAGCCAUGCUUCACGGAUGAGGGGAUCAACUACAUGCACGUCCGGCACAACAACCUGUACCUCCUGGCCCUCUCUAAACGUAACUCGAACGCGGCGGAGAUCAUCCUCUUCCUCCAUCGCCUGAUCGAGGUCCUCACCGUCUACGUUCAGACCGUCGAGGAGGAGUCGGUCCGUGACAACUUCAUCAUCAUCUACGAGCUGCUUGACGAGAUGAUGGACUUUGGCUUCCCCCAGACUACCGAGUCCAAGAUUCUCCAGGAGUACAUUACACAAGAGUCGCACAAGCUCGAGGUGCAGGUCCGCCCACCCAUGGCUGUCACCAACGCCGUGUCGUGGCGUUCGGAGGGUAUCCGAUACCGCAAGAACGAAGUCUUCCUGGACGUUGUCGAGAGUGUCAACCUGCUUGUCAACGCGUCUGGAAACGUCAUUCGAAGUGAGAUUCUGGGCGCCGUCAAGAUGAAGUGUUACCUUUCGGGCAUGCCAGAGCUGCGUCUGGGCCUGAACGACAAGGUCAUGUUCGAGUCGACUGGAAGGGCUGCGCGCGGCAAGGCGGUCGAGAUGGAGGACGUCAAGUUCCACCAAUGUGUGCGCUUGUCGCGGUUCGAAAACGACCGCACCAUCUCGUUCAUCCCUCCCGACGGAGAGUUCGAGCUCAUGUCUUACCGCCUCUCUACGCCGGUCAAGCCUCUGGUUUGGGUCGAGGCUAGCGUCGAGUCGUACCGCGGUUCCAGAGUAGAGUACAUGGUCAAGGUCCGCGGCCAGUUCAAGAGGCGUAGCACAGCCAACAACGUCGAGAUCUACGUCCCCGUUCCCGACGACGCCGACAGUCCCAAGUUCAGGGCAUCAGUCGGCUCGGUCGUCUACGCUCCGGAAAAGUCGGCGUUCAUCUGGAAGAUUAAGCAGCUUGGUGGUGCCAAGGACUACCUCAUGCGCGCCCACUUUGGCCUGCCGUCGGUCCGCAGCGAGGAGAUUGACAAGAAGACACCAAUCUCGGUCAAGUUUGAGAUCCCAUACUUUACAGUGUCUGGAAUCCAGGUUCGGUAUCUCAAGAUUGUUGAGAAGUCUGGAUACGCUGCGCUGCCAUGGGUCCGCUACAUUACUCAGUCCGGAGACGACUACAUCUUGCGCACACUCACCGACGCGAAGAGCUCGAGCAUCAUUGCGCCGCUUUGAGUGUGCUCGUAGAAGAUGUCGGGGCACGGGCAUGGUCCAGGAGACGGGUGCCGUAGUUGCCAAUACCACUGCACGACUAGAUAUAGGGAUACGAGAGCUGGUACAUGACGA